AUGGAAACGCCUUUUGAAAUUGCAGUAUGCCGGGACGGUGAUUCGCCCCCGAUUGACAAAUCCAAAGGAGAAGCUCUGCUCUCUCCACUUGUGAUGUGUGGUCCGCAAGGACUGACCUUCCUAACUCCUUGCGAACUUCGACUACCGCAUUGUGGCCCCGUGGACUCUGAUGGUCAGUGGUCAUUCUCACUGAAAGCAGGUGAAGGUGGUGAGUGGCAGCACAUGGAUGUUCAUCCUCAGCCGAAGUCAAGCAACGGAGGAGGACCGAAUGAUCGUCAGUUCCUUUCCGUCAUGAUUACGCACUUCUAA